UACUCUCACUGAGGAGCUACGGAACUGUGGUCUGCUCCGGGUGCCUACAACAGCUGCGACCGCCACUCCUGCUUCGCGCCCAGAGUGGAGGCGCCACCAACGGCGGAGGAGGAAGCAGAAACCGGGCAAGCGUGGAGGUAUCUGAGCUAGGCUAGCGGCUAAACCACACAAGCCGGCUAUUGCCUCCAUCGUGUUAGCCAACGGACGCUCUCUGGACAACAAGCUGGAUUACAUUCAACUACUCCGCUCUACCCGUAACAGUGUGGGAGAGUGCUGUUUUUGUAUUUGUGAAAACAUGGCUUAACAGCAGCGUGCCAGACGGCGCCAUUCAGCUCAACUGGCUUGCAUGCUACAAAGCGGACAGAACUCCCGCAGGAGGGUUGACUCAGCUACUUAUUUACAUGCAUGAACAUAUUUUGGAUAAGUGAUGGAGCCCUGGCCAACAGUGGCCCACAUCCUAUUGAUGAUGAGCAGCAUUGCAGAUUGGCUGCGGAUGGUCCAGAUGCGGGAUUUCACCAUAAAGGACAUCAUUCACCUACACCCUUCAACAACACCUCAUCCUCGGGGAUUCAAGUGCUUCACAUGUCAAGACGCUGCAGAUAAUUACGAGUGUAAUCGCUGGGCGCCAGAUGUAUACUGUCCAAAAGAUACCAGAUACUGUUACGCUGUCCACAUGAUGGAUCACCUUGGAGACAGCGUCUCUGUGAGCAAGCGUUGUGUAACUGCAGAGGACUGUCUGUUCACAGGUUGUGCUGAAGUCACUGAUAUUGGCUAUCGGGUGUGCUCAUCGUGCUGCGAAGGGAACAUUUGCAACUUGUUGGUUCCCAGAAAUGAGAGCGCUGAAGUUUUCUCCUCAGCUUCCCCUCUGGUGAGCUCAGGCAAAGAGCAUCAUGCGGCGACACUGAUUGACGUCUUCAGCAUCAGCAUCCUCACUCUAGGGUCUCUGUGAAACAGAAAUGGUGUGGUAAAAGCGAACAGCAAUGCAGUAUUACAAUUGAACCCACAGCCGUAUCAUAUUGUGAAAUAUUAGUCUUGAAAAAUUGUUUUAUGGUUUAGGUCCAUUUUGUAACAAUUUCAAUGGACGACAAUAGCCUUAUUAAAGAGUACCGUAGACUGUGUGCGUUAUUUUUGUAUAUUGUGCUACCUGACACAACUAUCCAUCCAUCCAUCCAUUUUCUGAGACGCUUCUCCUCACAAGGGUCGCGGGCGUGCUGGAGCCUAUCCCAGCUAUCAUCGGGCAGGAGGCGGGGUACACCCUGAACUGGUUGCCAGCCAAUCGCAGGGCACAUACAAACAAACAACCAUUCACACUCACAUGCACACCUAGGGGCAAUUUAGAGUCUCCAAUUCAUGCAUGUUUUUGGGAUGUGGGAGGAAACCGGAGAAUAACCCACGCAGGCACGGGGAGAACAUGCAAACUCCACACAGGCGGGGCCGGGGAUUGAACCCCGCUCCUCAGAACUGUGAGGCUGACGCUCUAACCUAAAUAAGCUCAGAAAUUAAGUUGUGUGUAAAAAUGUGAAAUGGCACAGGGAAAAAGUAUUGAACACACGAAGAAAGGGAGGUGCAAAAAGGCACGGAAAGCCAAGCCAACACCUAAAAUCUAUCAAUAAUCAAACAGAAAUCCAGCUCCUUGUCAGUGCAAAUGAAUAUUAGGUGGUUCAGUCCUAAUUGAUGGCCUACAAAAAGGUCUCAUUGCCAAGGUGUGAGUCAAGACACAUCUCAUGAUGGGAAAGAGCAGAGAGCUGUCUCCAAUUAAUGCAUGUUUUUGGGAUGUGGGAGGAAACCGGAGUGCCCGGAGAAAACCCACACAGGCACGGGGAGAACAUGCAAACUCCACACAGGCGGGACCGGGGAUUGAACCCCGCUCCUCAGAACUGUGAGGCUGACGCUCUAACCAGUCGGCCACCGUGCCGACCAUUGCAAACUCAUUGUUGCAAAACAUAACGAUGACAUUGAUUAUUGGCGAAUAAGCUGAAUGUUCCAGUGAGCACGGUUGGGGCCAUAAUACCUAAGUGGAAAGCCAAUCAUACCACCAUAAAGUUGCCUCGAUCAGGUGCUCCUCGCAAGAUUUCUGGCAGAGGGAGGCAAAGAAUAAUCAGAAGAGUUUUCCAAGAGCCAGGGACCACUUUUGGAGAUCUUAAAAAAGACCUGGAAUUAGCAGGUACUGUUGUCACAAGGAAAACUGUGAGUAAUGCACUCCGUUGUCAUGGCCUGUAUGCACGCUCACCACGCAAGACCCCAUUGCUGAAAAAUAAAAGUAUGUCAAAGCUCAUUUAUAGUUUAAUGAACAACAUUUGGACAAGCCAGUUAAACAAUGGGAGAAUAUAGUCUGUUUGGAUGAGAGUAAAAUUGAACUGUUUGGAUGCCAUAAUGCACACCAUGUUUGGAGGAGAAAUGGCACUGCAUAUCACCCUAAAAACACCAAACAAACAGUGAAGUUCAGAGGUGGGAACAUGAUGGUGUGGGGCUGCUUUACAAAAAAUGGUACUGAAGGAAGGAUGAAUGGGCAAAUGUACCGAGAUAUUCUGGAAAAAAAUCUGCUGCCAUCUACGAGGAUGAUAAAAAUGAAACGAGGGUGGACAUUGCAGCAGGAUAACGAUCCAAAACAUACUGCCAAAGAAACUCUCAAUUGGUUUCAAAGAAAAAAAAUAAAGCUGCUAGAAUGGCCCAGCCAAUCAACUGACUUGAAUCCAAUCGAAAAUCUAUGGCAAGAACUGAAACUCAAGGUCCAUAAAAGAAGCCCACAGAACCUUUAAGAUUUGAAGACUGCUUGUGUGGAGGAAAUCACACCAGAGCAAUGCAUGCGACUAGUUUCUCCAUACAGAAGGCGUCUUGAAGCUGUCAUUGCAAACAAAGGCUUUUGAACAAAGUAUUAAAUAAAUACCACUUGGCAUGUUGAAUACUUUUUCCCUGUGUCAUUUCACAAAACACACAACUUAAUUUCUGAGAUUAUUUGUUCUACUUUCUUUAUAUGUAUGGAUUACUUGGGAUGUUCCCCAGAUCUGGUGAAAUAUUCAGGUAAAUAGCACCUUUUCAAGUAUAUUUAGUGAGAAAAAUGGUAACGUGUUAAAUACUUAUUUCAGCUGCUGUAUUUAAUUGGGACCUAUCUAAUAAAUACACUUGGAGUGUGCAGAUGGAAAUACAUGUUGUUUAUGUUGGUCUCCAGUUUAUCUAUGAGAAUACGUUGAAAUCUAAUGUUGGAGAAAUUAAAGAACUUUAUUUUGAAAUGUAUAAACUCAAAUGGUCAAAUGAACUUGUGUAAACUGAAGCUGGGAACCUUUAUUCUGUUGAAAGAUCAUUUUGGUCCUGGGCCCUACGGCACACUCAACCUGACCAGAGCUCAGAGAUCAGUGUGUGUGCUCAGUUGAGGUCUGGUACCCUGCCUCUGGCGCUGGAGACAGGACGCUUCCACUCCGUCCCAGCGGAGGAGCGGAUAUGUUGUUUGUGUCAGCUAAAUGGUAUUGAAAAUGAACAGCAAUUUUUGUUUUAUUAUUCUUUUUAUCAUGAUUUCAUCCAUCCAUUUUCUACCGCUUAUCCGAGGUCAGGUCGCGGGGGCAGUAGCUUUAGCAGGGACGCCCAGACUUCCCUCUCCCCAGCCACUUCAUCCAUCUGGCCGUUCCCAGGCCAGCCGAAGGAUGUAGUCUCUCCAGCGUGUCCUGGGUCGUCCCCGGGGCCUCCUCCCGGUGGGACGUGACCGGAACACCUCACCAGGGAGGCGUCCGGGAGGCAUCCGAAUCAGAUGCCCCAGCCACCUUAUCUGGCUCCUCUCGAUGCGAAGGAGCAGCGGCUCUACUCUGAAAUCCUCCCGGAUGACCGCGCUUCUCACCCUAUCUCUAAAGGAGAGCCCGGACACCUUGCGGAGGAAACUCAUUUCGGCCGCUUGUAUCCGGGAUCUUGUUCUUUCGGUCACGACCCACAGCUCGUAACCCCGAGGGACACGGUCGAACGCCUUCUCCAAGUCCACAAAACACAUAUAAACUGGUUGGGCAAACUCCCAUGCACCCUCGAGGACCCUGCCAAGGGUGUAGAGCUGGUCCACUGUUCCACGGCCAGGACGAAAACCACACUGCUCCUCCUGAAUCUGAGAUUCAACUUCCCGACGGACCUUCCUCUCCAGCACCCCUGAAUAAAGCUUACCAGGUAGGCUGAGGAGUGUGAUCCCCCUGUAGUUGGAACACACCCUCCGGUCCCCCUUCUUAAAAAGGGGGACCACCACCCCAGUCUGCCAAUCCAUCACUGUUCGCGAUGUCCACGCAAUGUUGCAGAGGCGUGUCAACCAGGACAGCCCUACAACAUCCAGAGCCUUGAGGAACUCCGGGCGAAUCUCAUCCACCCCCGGGGCCUUGCCACCGAGGACCUUUUUAACCACCUCAGUGACCUCAACCCCAGAGAUAGGAGAGCCCGCCUCAGAGAACCCAGAAUCUGCUCCCUCAUGGUAAGGCGUGUCGGUGGAAUUGAGGAGGUCUUCGAAGUAUUGUAACCACCGGCUCACAACGUCCAGAGUCGAGGUCAGCAGCGCCCCAUCCCCACGAUACACAGUGUUGAUGGUGCACUGCUUCCCCUCCUGAGACGUCGGAUGGUGGACCAGAAUUUCCUCGAAGCCGUCCGGAAGUCUUUCUCCAUGCCCUCACCGAACUCCUCCCAUACCCGAGUUUUUGCUUCAGCGACCACCAAAGCUGCAUUCCGCUUGGCCAGCCGGUACCCAUCAGCUGCCUCAGGAGUCCCACAGGCCAAAAAGGCCCGAGAGGACUCCUUCUUCAGCUUGACGGCAUCCCUCACCGUUGGUGUCCACCAACGGGUUCGGGCAUUGCCGCCACGACAGGCACCAACCACCUUACGGCCACAGCUCUGGUCGGCCGCCUCAGCAAUGGAGGCACGGAACAUGGUUCACUUGGACUCGAUGUCCCCUGCCUCCCCCGGAACAUGAGCAAAGUUCUGUCGGAGGUGGGAGUUGAAACGCCUUCUGACAGGGGAUUCCGCCAGACGUUCCGAGCAGACCCUCACAAUACGUUUGGGCCUGCCACGUCGGACCGGCAUCUUCCCCCACUAUCGGAGCCAACUCACCACCAGGUUGUGAUCAGUUGACAGCUGCGCCCCUCUCUUUACCCGAGUGUCCAAGACAUGUGGCCGCAAGUCCGAUGACACGACCACAAAGUCGAUCAUCGAACUGCGACCUAGGGUGUCCUGGUGCCAAGUGCACGUGUGGACACCCUUAUGCUUGAACAUGGUGUUCGUUAUGGACAAUCCAUGACGAGCACAGAAGUCCAAUAACAGAACACCGCUCGGGUUCUGAUCGGGGGGGUCGUUCCUCCCAAACACGCCCUUCCAGGUCUCACUGUCAUUGCCCACGUGAGCAUUGAAGUCCCCCAGCUGAACUGCUGUUUGGUGCAUAGGCACAAACAACAGUCAGGACCUGUCCCCCCACCCGAAGGCUGAGGGAGGCUACCCUCUCGUCCACCGGGGUGAACCCCAAAGUACAGGCGCCGAGCCGGGGAGCAAUAAGUAUACCCACACCUGCUCGGCGCCUGUCACCUUGGGAAACUCCAGAGUGGAAGAGAGUCCAACCCUUCUCGAGAGGACUGGUACCAGAGCCCAAGCUGUGCGUGGAGGCGAGUCCGACUAUAUCUAGUCGGAACUUCUCGACCUCACACACCAGCUCGGGCUCCUUCCUUGCCAGAGAGGUGACAUUCCACGUCCCUAGAGCCAGCUUCUGUAGCCGGGGAUCGGAUCGCCAAGGUCCCCGCCUUCGGCCACCGCCCAGCUCGCACAGCACCCGACCCCUAUGGCCCCUCCCACAGGUGGGUAGCCCAUGGGAAGUUUAUCAUGAUUUGAGGAUGCAAUUACUGUUAACUGUCUAAUGUAGCUCUAUAUUUCUUUGCAAUGUUAGAUGAAGAAAGUCUCAAAUAAAGUUAAAUAAAGUUGUUUAAGUAUCAGCCAUUUUAUUUGACAGAGUUUUUGUAAAGUGCUUGACUGCAACGCAAGAGGACACUCUUUGUUUGAUAA